ACGAAUACAGAGUGGUGCUGAUGCUGCUGUCUCCGGCUGCUGCUUCCUGCGCCGCCGCCUUUUCUUUUUCUCUUCUUUCUUUUUUUGUGUUGUGAAUUGGGGUUGAAUACGACUGAAUGAGCUCUUCUCUCAGACGGACUGACGAGAAGAAAACGCCGCUCUUUACCUCAACCCAGAGAAGGUGGCGUUCUCCACUUGAAGCCAGACCUCUCUCGUUCCUUUCUUUCCUCGCCUUCUCCCCUUCUGCCUCCAUCCCUUCCCCCAUCCUGCCUGCGCUCUCCUCCCUUCUCGCUGUGUAACCACAGCGAGGCGUUCAUUGGCUGGCGCCACAAUGGCGGCCGUCCUAUCACAGAGCAGUCCUGUGGUUCAUAUAAACAUCAGGCAGGCUGCAUGCUUAUGAAUCAGGACUGUGUCUGGAUGCCAGUGAAGAGUCACUCACUCACUCUAUCUAUCUAUCUCUCUCUCUCACUUCAUUUCUCUUUCUCCUGCUUCAGACCAUCCAUCUGCCGCUUCCUCUGCUCUCGCUGACCGUUGCAUCGCUCGGUCCAUUGGCAGCUCUACCCUCCUCGUUCCCUCUUUAAUACAUAUGUGACUGCUACCACUGAGGGGGGAGGAGGAGGAGGAGGACAUGGCUCUGACACUGGCACAUGCUGAUGCUGUAGAGACAGCUGCUCAUCCAGGCUGCAGCAUUAAGGUUUAAAACUGUGGACAGAGAUCCUAUAAACGCUCUUAUACCGAAGGUGGAGAUGAUGACCCAGGACGAGUUAAAAUCACGGCCAAUGCAGGAGCUGCGAGAGAAGCUGCAGCCGGAGGUGGCUGAGCUGAUUAAACAGCAGAGACUGAACCGGCUGUGUGAAGGCACCUGCUUCAGAAAGAUCAGCACCCGCCGCAGACAAGAUAAAUUUUGGUACUGUCGCCUUUCGCCGAACCACAAAGUGCUGCACUAUGGAGAUGUAGAGGAGUUCUCACAAGGGCAGAUACCCCACGACUCUCUGCAGGAGAAGUCAGUAGCAGAUAUCAAGGCAGUGAUAACGGGAAAGGACUGCCCUCAUGUGAAGGAGAAAGGAGCACUAAAGCAAAAUAAGGAGGUGCCAGAACUGGCUUUCUCAGUCCUGUAUGAAUCCGACGAAUAUCUGAAUUUCGUUGCUCCUGACAAACAUGAGUACUGCAUCUGGACCGACGGCCUGAAUGCACUUUUGGGGAAGGAGAUGACGAGCGAUCUCACCAAGUCAGACAUGGACACUCUGAUAACGAUGGAGAUUAAACUGCGCCUCCUGGACCUCGAGAACAUUCAGGUUCCCGAAGCCCCUCCUCCCAUCCCCAAGGAGCCAAGUAAUUAUGAGUUUGUUUACGAUUAUACUCAACACACCCAACAGCAGACUUGAGAGCAGGCUGCUGUAGGAGACCCUCACAUUUCUCUUCAUUCUUCAGUGAACUCUGGACAAGCUAGAGAAUCUCUAUCUCUGGCUUACCUGAAGGAUUUAGAAGAGAUUUUGGCUCGAACGCCACGACUGAAGCCUUUACUUCUCAAUCCUCAAUUCCCAUGUGUGAAUACUGUGUGUUUUUUUUUAAUUAUAUGUUCUGUAAAGUCUCAACUACGUUCUUUUUAAAGGGUUAUUCAAGAGUUAUUUACUGACGACAGCUGUUCUAUACGGAAACAUGGUAACUCAAACAGCGAUUUUCCACCAAAAGAACUUUUGUUGGUGGAAAUGUGCCGAACCAGUUCAAAAUUAGGUUCACAAACCAGAACAGUGCCAGUUCCACAUCGGUGGAAAAGUGCUAAAAGAUGCUCAAAUGGUGCUUUGCCUGGUUAAAAGGUUCCUCAGAUUGGUGGAAAACCAUUAAACAUUGGACUUUUAGCACAAGAAAAAAAAUACAAUUGCUGUUUGUUAAAAAUAUGGAAUGGAUUUUGGCUUGAACACAGCGACUGAAGCCUUUACUUCUCAAUCCUCAAUUCUCAUGUGUGACUGCUGUGUGAUUGUUUAGAUUUUAAAAAAUAUACAUUCUGUAAAAUCUCAACAAUGUUCUUAUAAAACGGUUAUUCAAGGGUUAUUCAAGAGAAACACGGCCACUUAAAAAGCGCUUUUCCACCAAAAGAGCUCUCAGCGAACCAGCCCACAUUUCCACCAGGUUUAGUGAAAUCAUCAUACGUCACCAACAGAGGGCACAAACAAAAAACGCCCACAGAUUUCGUUACGGUUUCGCGAUGAAGAACCUAGUAUUCUUUGGUUCUCGCUGCAGACAAACGUUCCUGGUUCCAGAACCUACUUUUGUUGGUGGAAACGCACCAAACUAGUUCAAAAUUAGGUUCGCAAACCAAAACGUCGCCGGUUCCACAUCUGUGAAAAAGUGGUAUAAGAUGCUCAAAUGGUGCUUUGCCUGGUUAAAAGGUUCUUCAGAUCGGUGGAAAAUCAUCAAUAUUGAACUUUUAGCGCCAACAAAAAAAAACUGUCCAAUUGCUGUUUGUAAAAAAAUAACUUAAAAUUUAAAAGUUUUUUUGAGUUUUAAGGCACAAAAUUUUCAAAAAUUAAGUUUCAACCAACUUUUUCAACAAAGUUGACUUAAAGUUUGGAAUUUAAGUUCUGUGAAAUGUGUAUUGAAAGUUCUGCUGACUUAAAAUAUAGUUUUGUCAAUGACACAGUUUACAUUAAUCAAAUUCAUGUAGUCUAGCACAACACUAUAUUUUUGUUAGGCUAUUUUAAUUUAGCAGGUGGGAGAUGAAAAUUGAUAUAUAUUACAUAUUAUCAUUAUUGCCAUUAUAUAAUCUUGCAGCAAUGCAAAUGUGAGCAGCCGGACCCAGUCAGCAUAUAGUCACUAUACAGCUCUAAAAAAAAAAAAAAAAAGAAAAAAAAAAUUACGAGUUUCUUUGAUUUCACCAAAUUGAAAACCUCUGGAAUACAAUUAAGAGGUUAAGAGUUAUCCAAAAGCAGUGUGUAAGAGUGGUGGAGGAGAAAAUGAUGCCAAGAUGCCUGAAAACUGUGAUUAAAAAACAGGGUUAUUCCACCAAAUAUUGAUUUCUGAACUCUUAAACUUUAUGAAUAUGAACUUGUUUUUUUUUUUUUUGCAUUAUUUGAGGUCUGAAAGUUCUGCAACUUUUUUUGUUAUUUCAGUCAUUUCUCAUUUUCUGUAAAUAAAUGCUCUAAAUGACGAUAUUUUAUUUGGAAUUUGGGAGAAAUGUUGUCUGUAGUUUAUAGAAUAAAACAACAAUGUUAAUUUUACUCAAACAUAAACCUAUAAAUAGCAAAAUCAGAGAAACUGAUUCAGAAACUGAAGUGGUCUAUUAAAUGUUUUCCAGAGCUGUAUAUCUUUACCUGAUAACCAACUGUAUAAUUUACCAGAACAUACCUCACUUACAGACCACCACACACAUCAGUGUAGAUUUAAUUCUAAACUCUAAGUCUAUUUCAAAGGCGUGUGCGCAAGGUGUAAAAAUAGACCAUUUGUCGGAGUGUAAAAUAGCAAAGAGCAGGGUGUAUGAUAGGGCCAAAAAGUUUAAUAAAAAAAAGACACAAUCCUAGCCUCAUUGACACUGAACUGUGUAUAAUGUGGUUAAUACAUUAAAUGACUUGGUCACCCAGGGUAGUAGAGCAGCUUUGAAGCUGAAAAAAAAUUAUUAAAACAAUUAUUUGCACAGCUGCAAUUUUCAGUUUUGUUAAACACUAUAAAAAAGAAUAUGUGGUGCAACUCUUUAUAAUGUUAAUGUUGUAAUUAAAAUUGUUAAUAUAUAAUAACAAAA